GUGGCCAUGUGAACCAGAGAUCACUGUCUAUAAAAUAACCAAGCUACUCGAGAAGAAGUUGCAGAAAAGCGCGCAGCAGGCAGAGAGAGCUUCGUAACCCCAUGGCAGAGGAGACUGGAGGCGGGAAUGUUAUUGAUCAGCCGUACGCUAAGGAUGGGUCAAUGGAUCUGAAGGGCAACCCUGUGCUGAGAUCCAAAACAGGAGGAUGGACUGCCUGUUCCUUUGUCGUAGUGUAUGAGGUCUUUGAGAGGAUGGCGUAUUAUGGGAUAUCGGCCAACCUGGUGAUAUAUUUGACGAAAAGGCUGCAUCAGGGCACGGUGGAGGCCGCCAACAACGUCACCAACUGGCAGGGCACCGUGUUCUUGACGCCGGUGAUCGGGGCCUACGUCGCUGACGCUUUUCUCGGAAGAUUUUGGACCUUCCUCAUCGCCAGCGCCGUCUAUCUAUCGGGCAUGUGUUUGUUGACGCUAGCAGUGUCCGUCUCACCACUGAAACCCGCAUACUGCAAAGAAAACUGUGAGUCAGCUACAACACUGCAGUUGGCUGUGUUUUUCGGGGGCCUCUACAUAAUUGCUCUGGGAAACGGUGGAACAAAACCUAACAUCUCCACCAUCGGAGCCGACCAGUUCGAUGAGUUCGACCCCAAGGAGAGGAUGCAUAAGCUCUCCUUCUUCAACUGGUGGAUGUUCAGCAUCUUUCUAGGCACAUUGUUUGCCCAGACAUUUCUGGUCUACAUACAGGACAACGUGGGGUGGACAGUGGGGUACGCAAUUCCAGCGCUCGGUCUCAUGACCUCCAUUCUCAUCUUUUUGGUUGGCACGCCUUAUUACAGGCACAAGGCGCCCCAGGGAAGCUCAUUCACCAGGAUAACAAAGGUCAUAGUGGCUUCCAUCAGAAAAUGGAAGCUUUCUCUUCCUAAUGACCCAAAGGAGCUUCAUGAGUUUGAUCUAGAAGUGUAUGCAAAGAAGGGAAAGUUCAGGAUCGACUCCACCAAUUCAUUAAGGUACCUCAACAAAGCUGCUUUAAAAGACGGCCGGAGUACUCCAUGGACGCUUUGUCCUGUGACGCAAGUGGAAGAAGCUAAACAGAUUCUGCGACUGCUGCCCAUCUUGGUCGCCAUGUUCAUCCCCUGCACCAUGAUCGCUCAGAUCAACACCCUCUUCGUCAAGCAAGGAACCACAAUGAAUCGUCACGUCGGACCAUACUUCCAGAUCCCCCCGGCAAGUCUGGGAGCAUUCGUGACCAUUUCCAUGCUAGUGUGUGUUGUUCUUUACGACCGUUUCUUCGUCAAGGUGAUGAGGCUGUGGACGAAAGAUCCAAGAGGGAUCACGAUGCUUAAGAGGAUGGGAGUUGGACUAGUACUUCAGAUCAUUACAAUGUCGAUUGCGUCACUGGUGGAGAGAAGGAGGCUGAGCAUUGCAAGAAGCCACGGACUCGAUAAAACAGUUGGGGAAGUACCGGUUACAAUCUUUUUGUUACUCCCUCAGUUUGUGCUCAUGGGAUUAGCCGAUGCCUUUUUGGUGGUUGGGAAGAUAGAGUUCUUCUAUGACCAAGCUCCGGAAAGCAUGAAGAGCCUGGGAACUUCCUACUCCUUGACGGCCACUGGAAUUGGCAACUUCCUCAGUAGCUCUCUCCUGAGACUUGUUGCUAGCAUAACGAGUAGCAGAGGAAGAGGAUGGAUCUUAAAUAAUCUGAAUGUCUCGCAUCUGGACUACUACUACGCGUUCCUCACGCUUCUCAGCGUCCUCAACUUCAUCUACUUCUUAUUUGUGUCUAAAGUCUACUCCUACAAGUCAGAACUACGUGAGUCGAUGGAUAUGAAAGCGGAAAAAGAAGCUUCAGUGGGUGACCAAAAAGUGGCAAUGGCUGAAAUGUAGUUGCUCAGGAAUCAGCAUCCACAAUUCGAAGAUAGGAUCAUCAUAUCUGUUUAUUAAUAAUGGAGUACCAGAAAUUAAGUGUGAUAUAAUUUAUAAUCCUAAAUCAAGGUUUCAUCCUACUGUAAUGUUAAUGUAAAUC